AUGCGGUCCGGCUGGGCCCUGGGCAACAUGCAGGGCACAGGAGGCUCCAUUCCCAUUGCGACCAAGCGCGCGGCCCAGCUCGCCCAGCGCAGGGUCGGCCCGAGGCUGGUCUGCGGCGUCUGCCUCGUCCGUCGUGACCGCGACGGAUGCGCCUCCUCCUCACGCCGCGCUCGCUUGCAGUGCGCGCUGCAGGAGAAGCCCGCCUGCGUCGCCCCGCCCUCGAAUCGAUUCGUCAUCAGCCACGAGCUCAUUUACGGCCGCUCGCGAGGUCGUCCGGGGGACGUUCAGCCUCUUUUCGGGAGUUCCUGGCCUUGUUCGGCGCAGCUGCCUGCCGCCCUCCUGCUGGAAGUACCGCUCUCCUGCUCUUCGGCACCACCGGCAACCCUUUACAACAAGAUCGACAAGACGGCAGCGCAGCCACCCUAG